UCCCCUAAGACUGAAAAGCUUCAAUAGAGACGAUAGAGGUAGCAAUACAAGAACAGUCCUAAUUAAGCUGAUAAACACUCUUAUACCUGGUAAUGAGCUCCAGGUUCUUUUUCCACGGAGAGGGAGAUAUCUUAGGCCGGCUGGGAUAGGCCGUUGGGCAAUGGGCAGGCCAAAACUGCUACACCGACUCCUCAACAAGGAGUCAACUUUUAAAACUAACAAGCUCGUCCAAAGAAAGACACCACUAACUACUUUGUGCAUAUCGAGGUUGGAUGUGGAGGACUUCGAUCCUCAAUUAUCAUUGUUGUGCUUGUGAGACAUUGGUACCAAGUACUUUGAGAUCAAUGCGUGAUGGAUUGAAUUGGAUCAUUGUGAAUGUGCAUCAUUUCGAAAAAAGCAUCCCUCGCAGCUCAGGUGACCGCCGAAGAAAUUGGGUCUUAAUGUGAGUGAAUCGGUGCAAAGUGAACUGAAGCGUCGUUUGGCAUUUGUCCACAUCUUUCGGAAAAUGUCAGGAAUCAAUUCCUAUUUCUUGACACAUUUUUCAUGUCCAUUCCACACUCAGACGGUCCAAGAGCAUGUCAAAUCUCAGUCCAAGACCUCCAGGACACCUAUAAGAAGUCAUUCGAGAUGUAAGGCAAGAAAAAAAGCCACUUGACAACGGCCAUUGUUUCGACUGAUUUACAGAUUUCAUAGACUCAGACUUGGACUCGGACCGUACCGGAUCAUCAUCCCACCUUGGCUAAAUCAAAAUGGGCGGAUGAAUCGGCAUCUUGAGGUGCCCACCGUCGCCACAUCACUUCGGCCCAUUGUUUAGAGAGCAAAAAAGAACCGCUGCAAUAGCGACCAAUGAGGUGGAGCCAAAGAUGGGCCUGAGAUCUUGAGGUCAGUGGCGGCGGUGGCGGAACAGAUCCUGCUCAUUCACAUUGACAACGGACACCUUGACUCGUUACGAAGUGAAAAGAAGCGCUCCGUUGGCAGCGAACGCUCCAUUCUCCCUUCAGUUUUUUUACCGUCCUUCGCUCCGCUCGCCACGGUUUGAGGUUGAAACCAAAAGAGGCGCGGGGAGAACGAAGGGACGAGCGACAAAGGGUGUUGAAUUUCCCCGCCAGGGGCGCUCCGGAGAGAACAACGUAAACACAUCGCCAGUUGAGUGAAAUCGCCUUUGGAUUCCAGUUCUGAUCUUGGUGGUCUCAGGUGGCAAGCCAGUUCCUGAGGGCCUUCUACCAAGCCGUCUAGCUUGCUACGCUCUCACCUAUUGAUUGCAUCCUUUAAUAUUGAACUUGGUUUACCGAAGGGACAGAUAUCCUGCUCAACAAAAGAGAUCCCAGUGAUUUCUCAUGCGGCCUAAUGAUGGGAAUUCUAACACAGACAAACUAUAAGCAAUCUCCAGACAACCCCGGUGUACAUCUGGAACACGAGCCCGAGGACAAGGACAACUUCUCCAAGAUGUUGGCCGCUGGGAUUAACAUUCGUGGAGUAUCCCCGACAUGUCCGCCCGAGGGUCAAUCUGCAUCCCGUCUCCAUCUUGAGGAGGAGGUGCAAAGGAUAGUGGAAAGAAAUGACUCCGUGGAUCGCCCAGUCCCGUCGAGCCAAGGGGCAUGGAGUUCCGUACCUCAGCCACCCCCUGGGAACCACCAUCUUCACCCUCACGAUAACCCACACCGACAGCCUCCGUUACCUCCUUUCCAUGAACGAGAAUACCAUUCGCCCUACCCUUUGCCCCCACCUCCUCCGCCACUCAUCUCUACGCCUCAUCUGAGCGGCCAUCCAAAUCAGGGUGGCACGAUCUGUGAGAUAUGCAAAGGCAUGAUAACAGACGAGUAUAUUUAUUCAGUGGAGAAGAACCGCGUGUUCCAUGAACAAUGUCUGGCUUGCGCAGAAUGCCAUGUUCCUCUUCACGAUGGCAACCCACCGAUAGAACACAACGGCUUAUUGCUCUGUAGCCAUCACUUCCACAGUAAAUUUGCCCCAGUUGGAACUCAAUGUUCUCGAUGUGGUGUGGAACUACAGUUCGGGGAUACAACCAUGUUUAUCAAGCCUCUCUGGUUCCACGAAGACUGUUUCCGAUGUCACAUCUGUGAUACCAAACUCAAGAAAGGAGAGUCGUUUGGCAAGAUUGAUGGAAUCCCCUAUUGUCAUGUGCACUACUCUCAGUAUAGUCAGAUGAACUACGGUAUACCCUUCCAAGCCACCCCGCCCCAUCUCUCAAUGCCUCAAGGCCAAUUCCAUCCGCUUCCGCCCAUCCCCGUGUAUGGUGGAGAUAAGCAUUUGUAUCCGCAUUUCCAUAACGAAUUCGGGCCUUCCAUGCCAUCACACGCUCACCCACAGGGAGGGCCCCAUGGCCACCCUCAGGGUCUGCCUCAAGGCCAAGAGUUCUUUGGCGCCGGAGAGCCCAUGCAUAAAAAGAGGCGAGGUCGCAAGAAGCGAAAAGCCGAAGUCUUUCAAGGCAUGAACGGUUACGUGCCGAAUGGAUAUCCCGCACCCGAUGGGACGGACGGCACUAAAAAGCGCGCCCGGACCUCAUUCAAGCACAAUCAAUUGCGGGUCAUGAAAGGCCACUUUCAGAUCAAUCAAAAUCCAGACUCCCGAGAGCUUAAGAUGCUGGCUCAAAAGACAGGACUGGACAAGAAGGUUUUGCAGGUCUGGUUUCAAAACGCCCGGGCCAAAUGGAGGCGGAACAAAUCGGACAAUAUGGGCGGGACUGAACCUGGCAAUGCUCAGUGCUCUGUCCAACCGGGUCUGAAGCCUGGACCUUGUAGCUCAGGUUCGGGGUCUUCGACCACACACAUGAGCGAUGACGGAGGAGGCUAUUUCAACUCAGUUGUGAUGGGAGAGAUCUCCCCAUCUUCGAUUUGAAUUUCCCUUCAUCAAGGCGGCAUGAUGCCGGCAUCCUUAAACGAAUUGCGAAUCAAAAAGUAAUCCAUAUUAUCUGUGAACUGUUUGAUGUGUACUAUCGACCACUAUGAGUGUGCCCUCUUCCCCCUCCAGUCUUAUAGUCUACUAUGUCAUUACUACCGUCUGUUUUGCAUUAGAAAACAAAAUUAUCUUGCUGUGAUGAACACCUCUAAGAAGUAUUACUAUUCAAGUAUCCACCACCAUAACCACCUCCUUUGCUCGUAUUACCAUUACUAUUAUCACUAUUGCUAUGGCCAUUAUAACCACCACACCACACCACCGCCACCGUUUUUGUGUGUUGCAAUAAAACAUGAAAUCUCGAA